AUGGUCUCGGACAUCUACAACAGAGUCAUUUUCUCAAUGUACUCGUGUUCGAAACCAAUAGAACUGUACGUCGUACAUGUGGCUUUGGAGCAUGCGUUGGGCCACCAUGUGCAGCAGUUCGCCAAGGUCAGACAGCUAUUUGCUUGCGAACAUUGA